GCAAUGGGAUUGAUAAAUACAAGCUCCUUACAAUAUCUGGAACCUAUGGCCAAGACUGUAAUGUCUUCCAGAACGUUCCAAAUCCAACGCAGUAUUGGGUGUUUCAAAGACAGACCAUGUUGAUGGUACUGCUUUUGGUGGACGUGGUUUUGUGCAAUGACAUGGUUCAAUUGACGGGUCUGUUUGUGGCAGGGUUUAAAGAUUAUACUGUGACAGACAUCGUAUGGAUCGAUUCAGAUUUGGAGGAGCUUGAGGAUCAACGAAUGGAGGAGUCCAUUCUUUUCUACCGUCGAAUCAAAAUGGACUCGCAUCUAAAUCUGGUAUUUCAAAGUCUUUCCACAUUCCAAACAAUCGGAAACUAUUCUUAUGAUGGAGACAUGACCUUGUAUGUUAUUCCCAAAGUCACUAAUGACUUCCUCUCCCGUCUGAAAUAUUUGGAAUCGGUGGACCUGGUUAACAAUGUGGUACUGAUAUUUUCCAAUGUGGCGACACUGGACACAAUGAAGGACGAGAUGCUUCAGCUUCAACUUCUUCGACUGGAUACCCAAUUAUACGUCGUGAUCAAUCGAACAGUUGUAGAAUGGUACCAAAUAUCGAGAGACUUUCCAUUGAAAACCAUCGAGAUUGCCCAAUUGGGACGAGAUGAAAUGUUUUGGAGCCAAAGCCAGCUGACCUGGGAGAGACGCGAUAAUCUGGAAGAGCUCACAUUAAGAGUGGGUUAUGCCACUGCAAAACCUUUUAUAUUUGAGGAAAAUGGAAACCUGACGGGAAUAGUCUAUGAAAUCGCGGAGACACUGUUUUCCGCCUUAAACAUAUCUGCUCGCUACGAAGAACACGAGUCUUACGGAACUCAUUUGGACAACGGCACAUGGUUGGGAUUGAUCGGGGCCGUCAACCGUGGAGAAGUGGAUAUGGCCGUUCAAGACAUGUCCAUAACCCACUUGCGUAGUAAGGUUGUGGACUUCGGGAUCGGAAUGUUUGAGUCCUCAGCCCGGAUUUUUGUCAUGCGGCCUGAGAAAGCCAUUUCCUGGACCACCUUCAUUUUCGUGUUCUCUCCGGAUUUUUGGACCUGUUUGGGAAUUGGCUUACUUUUGGUAGCCAUUGGAUUUCAUUUGUCGCUCAAGUUUGCCGAGCAAAUCAGUCACAGGAACUACAUUGAGUCCUUGUGUUCCACACUCAUGGCAGUGGGGGGUUUGAGUGUUCCAGAGGCUCCAGUGAAGCUCUCAUCGAGGAUUCUGUUCCUUUCCUUCUGCAUCUUCGGAGCGUUGGUAUAUUGGAGCUACAACGCUAUUUUAGUGUCUCUGCUAGCUAUUGAUAAGUACAAUAUUCCUAUAAAAUCCUUGGAGGAUCUUUUGACCAAUGGUCGCUUUCGACCGAUGGUUCUAAAGGACACGGCCUAUUCCGCUUACUUUACGGAUUCCAGUCACACCCAAAAUAAGGUGGCUUACGAGGUUAAUAAGGAAUUUUUUAAGAAAAACCCCAAAGCGCUACAAGGAUCAACCAAGGCAGCUGUGGAUCAAAUGAGAUUGGAUGAGUCUUAUGUUUUCUUUGCCGACAGAAUAAGCAUGAUGUAUGUGGAUGGAUAUCCGUGUUCCAUUGUUACAGAGUCUCGAGAUUAUUUCAAAAACUACAUCGGGUUCCCGUUUACACCUGGGUCGCCUUACAUCCAUCUGUUCAAUUCUAAAAUCCUAUUGAUGAGGCAAUCGGGACAAAUCGAAAAGAUCAAAAACUCAUACUUGGAUGUGCUCACAACAAUAUCAUGUGACACGCAGAACUUUAAAGAAAUUAGCUAUGAGAAUAUUUUCACGGCCUUUGUCGUGCUCGCGUGCGGAAUAAUCUUUGCUCUAAUCCUCUCGUUUUGUGAAAAUCGUCUGAGACGGUUGAGCUUUAAUAUGUAAUUAUAUUGGUCA